AUCAGCACACAGCGGUCAUUAGCCUUUAAGAGCCCUUACGCGCGGCGCGGACAGACCAGGCGCAGGCGGCGGGGCGCGGGAACGGGAUGUACCUCUACUGGGGCACCAGCCCCCGAAGACCUCUACACCGGAGGCGGACCGGCCGGGAUGGCGUCGAGCUGCGACAGGCGGCCUCCGGGGAGCGCCACUCGCUGCUGCUGAUGAGCAACGGCGAGGUGCACUCGUGCGGGGACAACAGCCAGGGCCAGCUGGGGCGGAGGGGCGUGCAGAGCGAGGAGCAGCCAAAACUGAUUCACGCAUUGGAAACUCUACGCGUUGAUCUUGUGAGCUGUGGAAAGGAACACUCUCUUGCUGUCUGUUACAAAGGAAGGGUCUUUGCAUGGGGGGCUGGUUCUGAGGGGCAGCUGGGAGUUGGAGAAUUUAAGGAAAUAAAUCUUAUACCUAGGAAGAUAAAAACUCUGACUGGUAUAAAAAUUAUACAAGUUUCUUGUGGACACUACCACUCCCUGGCAUUAUCAGAAGAUGGCCAACUGUUUUCAUGGGGAAGUAACAGCCAUGGGCAGCUGGGCCUGGGGAAGAAGCUCCCCUCCCAAGCCAGCCCGCAGAGGGUGAGGUCCCUGGACGGCAUCCCCCUCGCUCAGGUGGCUGCAGGCGGGGCCCACAGCUUCGCCCUCUCUCUCUCCGGGGCUUCAUUUGGCUGGGGAAACAACAAUGCAGGGCAGCUGGCCCUCCAAAAGAAUCAUGUCCCAGUACUGCAAAGCUCCAAGCCUCGUUCAAUUGGUGCGCUGAAGAAUCUAGGUGUGAUUUAUAUCAGCUGUGGUUAUGAGCACACUGCGGUGCUUACCCAGACCGGGAAAGUGUUCACGUUUGGAGGCAAUAGCUACGGACAGCUGGGACACAGCCCCACUGCUGAGAAGGAAGGUCCACAACUCAUGGAAGGAAUUGAUGGCCUAGUUUCACAGAUAGAUUGUGGAAGUUACCAUACCCUUGCAUAUGUCUACACCGCUGGAAAGGUAGUGUCUUUCGGUCGCGGACCAAGUUGCAAAAGCAGCCCAACUCAUCUGGAGGCUCUGACAGAGAACACUGACUUUACCUGCCUGAUUUCUGCUGAUGACCUUGUGGAUUUUCAAGUCAAACAUAUUUUUGCUGGAACACAUGCCAAUUUUGUGACAACUUAUCAGGAUACCAGUUCCACAGAUGUUUCCAGGAAAAUCCUGCCAGAAAUAAGCCAAAUUAACCAGUCCCUGAUGGAUAAAUGGAUAGCAGCGGCAACAGGAAGCACUGAACGUAAAGUGGCUGAGAGUGAAAUUAUGAAGAUAUUUUCAUCUCCUGCUUGUCUGACUGCAAGUUUUUUAAAGAAAAGAGAACUCGUAGAAACGAUUUCCAUUGAUGUGGACUUACAAAAGGCAAGAGAUACCUUCAAGAAGUUAACAGAAACAGAAUGGAUUUCUUUCAUGAUAACUACAUGUCUCAGGGAUAGUCUUCUCAGAGCUCUUCCGUGUCGUUCUUCACACCGAGAAGCAUUAUCAGUUUUCCUUCUGCUCCCAGAAUGUCCUGUGAUGCAUGAUUCUAGGAACUGGAAGAGUCUGGUGGUUCCAUUUGCAGAAGUUGUUUGCAAGAUGAGUGACCGAUCUUCACGAGUCCUGAAGCAGUGUUGGGCAUCUUUGCAAGAAUCUUCUCUCAACAAACUGGUCCAGAUGCUUAAAACUGCCAUUAUUGCUCAGUUCUCCAAGUGGACUGAACACAGUCAGAGUUACUGCAAUCUUAAAGCUCUUCUAGAAGUGAUGAAAGAAAUACAUAAGGUAAACACAGCUAACUGCCAACUACCAGAAAAUACUUUCAACAUAAAUGAAACCUCCAAUUUCUUGAACAUGUAUGAGUAUACAAGAUUGUUCUUUAGGGAUAACAACCUGAUACGUGCAGAAAACCCCAGUUCCAUUGUUUUAAGUGAUUUUCCAUUUAUUUUUACUUUGCUAUCCAAAAUUCUAUUAUUACAAGUUGAGUCCCGUUUGAAAAUGCUGGACUUAAAACAGAAAGAAUACCUGGAUUGGGAGCAAGUGAUUCUGCAAUACAGUAAAUCCCCUACACUUACCCUUAGAGUCAGACGAAGUCACCUAGUUGAAGAUGCUCUGCGUCAGUUAAGCCAAACUGAAGACACUGACCUCUGUAAAGUAUUAGUGACUGAAUUUAUUAAAGAAAUUCGUUCUUGGGGGCACGGGGUAAUAUCCGAGUUCUUCUACAGUAUAUUUGAAGAGAUGACCAAGACAGAAUAUGGAAUGUUCAUGUAUCCCGAAGAGGGUUCCUACAUGUGGUUUCCUGUCAGUCCUAAAUUUGAGAAGAAGAGAUAUUUCCUUUUUGGAAUACUGUGUGGACUCUCCCUAAACAACUCAAAUGUCACCAACCUUCCUUUUCCACUGGCUCUGUUUAAGAAACUUCUGGACCAAAAGCCAUCAUUGCAAGAUUUAAAAGAACUCAGUCCUCUUCUAGGGAAGAAUUUGCAAGAAGUUCUAAAUAAUGAAGCUGAUGACAUUGGAGAACUUUACAUAUAUUUUUCUAUACACUGGGACAAAAAAGAUGUUGCUUUAAUUCCAAAUGGGAUCUCUGUACCUGUGGACCAAACCAACAAGAAAGAAUAUGUUUCUGCAUGCAUUGAUUACAUUUUCAACACCUCUGUAAAGGCAGUUUAUGAGGAAUUUCAGAGAGGAUUUUAUAAAGUCUGUGACAAGGAAAUACUUCUUAAACUUUUCCAUCCUGAAGAACUAAUGACAGCAGUGGUUGGAAGUACUGAUUAUGACUGGAAACAGUUUGAAGAGAAUUCACAAUAUGCUCCAGGAUACCAUAAAUCACAUCCUACUAUACUGAUGUUUUGGAAAGCUUUCCACAAAUUAACCUUGGAGGAAAAGAGAAAAUUCCUCUUUUUUCUUAGCGGAAGUGACAGGCUGCAUGUAAGAGGCAAACAGGAAACAGGAAUCAUAUUUCGCUGUCCUCAAACUUUCAGUGAAACAGAUUACCCAAGAGCGCUGACCUGUCAUAAUAUUCUGGACCUUCCUAAAUAUUCUACAAUGGAAAAAGUGGAGGAAGCCCUUCAAGUAGCCAUCAACAGCAACAGAGGAUUUGUCUCUGUCAAAGUCACAGAGCAACAGUGAUUUGGAGAGUUUCAGUGAGGCCUCAGAGCCUCAGGCCCUCUCUUCGACUCUUCUGUUCUUCCUUAGGUCUAAGUAGCACAAAGGGUUGAUAGGUUUUAGGUAGAAUUAGUUGACACAUGUUGGUAUAAACAAUAAAAUGAUGAAUCAAGAGUGAUUAAAAAAAAGUAAUUUUUUAAAAUGAAUCAACAUUUCUUGAUCCCUAAAUUUGUUAUCAGAAUGUUUGCUUUUUACUGAAUUAUUCCUGAACAAUAAUUAUCAUUUAAAAAUAAGCUGAAUAUUAAAAGCUAACAGAUAUUUUAAAAAAUAUUGUAUAUCUAAUAAACACACUGCAAAUAUGAAAGAUAUACUGAAGCUUGAAAAAAAUAAAAAUAAUUCAAAUGUUUUGGAGGCAUGUAAUGUAUAUUUUAUAUUCUAGAAUGUCUCCAGAAUUUUGAUUUUAACCAACUGCUGAGUAAUUUAUUUGAAAAAUCUAAAUGUUAAAGGAUUUGUUAAUUCAUUGAAUAAUUACUCAUGCUCAAUACUGUGUUCCAAGAAUUAUUCUAAAUGCAUAUAUCAUUAUUUUGGUUAAACACUGAGCCCAACCAGGAACUCCUGUCUAUUGGUAGUUGGAGAAAAUGAAUAACAUGAAAUAUGUCUUAGAAACAUGGCUACGGAAUGAAUUAAAGGAGAGAAAGAAAUAUGGCUGUAAAUGGCCAAGGAAUUUUGUAGACCAGUUCUAUCUUAUAUUAAAUUUUAAACUGUAUGCUAUUCUGUAAAUGCCUGUUGUUAUGGCAAGCCAUACAGAGAAGCCUUGUACCGGUGGCACUUUUGGAAAGGAAAGACCAUGAGGUAUAGUCCGUGUCGGGGUGGUGAUGUGGAAAGAGGGCAGGAUCACCAGAGUACAGACAGAACAGAGAUAGAGAAUGCACUAAGGACACUAGGAUGUGAGGUGGUCCGUAGGAGCACAAGCCCCAGGGAAUCCUCAGAUUUAUUUAUUUAUUUAUUUAUUUUUUAAAGAUUUUAUUUAUUUGAGAGAGAGAGAAUGAGAGAGAGAGAGCACGAGAGGGAAGAGGGUCAGAGGGAGAAGCAGACUCCCUGCUGAGCAGGGAGCCCGAUGUGGGACUGGAGCCUGAUGCGGGACUCGAUCCCCGGACUCCAGGAUCAUGACCUGAGCCGAAGGCAGUCGUGCAACCAACUGAGCCACCCAGGUGCCCUCCUCAGAUUUAUUUUUGACACAUCUGGUUUCUAUAAUAAAUGGAAUGGAGGCCCAGAUGUAUUCUAUUUGAAUUUUAAGGGAAAAGGUAAGCUCUAAAUCUCAGGGAUCCCUAGGCACUUGAUUUAGGUUGUAUUUUUCAGGCCUUUCAACUCCAACAUAAAUUUUUCUAAUGCAAAUGGAUGAACUAUGCUAAAUAUUUAGGGAAGACAGCGUAGCACUUCUUUUUUUUUUUUAAGAUUUUAUAUAUUUAUUUCAGAGAAACAGAGAGAGAGAGAGAGAGAAUGAGCAAGGAGAGCGGCAGAGGGAG